GAGCCACAUCCCCAAACAGAAAAGCUUUCAGCCAUUGCGCGCCUCCCGGGGGUGCAGCCGGGCUCCUGGCUCAGCAGCGACGCACGGGCAAUUGAAUACAAAAAGGCCUGGCCUCCUGCGCCCUCCUUCCCACCCCCCUUCCUGCCCUGGGCGUGGAGCCCCGGCCGGGCCAGGUGUAGGCUGGGUGGUUGGUUACCGCCUUUCGCACCGGCGGCAGCGAGGAGGGGGGGGUGGGCGCUCUUUCUUUUUCUCUUAGAAGAGGACUUUUUUUUUUUUAAGCACAGGUUUUCUCGUUCUCACUUCCAACCCUCCUCACCUCCUCCCGUCCCCCCUUCUCCCCCUCCCCACCUAUCGUCAUGACGGCGUCUCCGGAUUACCUGGUGGUGCUUUUCGGGAUCACUGCUGGGGCCACCGGAGCCAAGUUGGGUUCGGAUGAGAAGGAGCUGAUUCUGCUGUUAUGGAAAGUCGUGGAUCUGGCGAACAAGAAGGUGGGACAGUUGCACGAAGUACUAGUUAGACCGGAUCAGUUGGAACUGACGGAGGAUUGUAAAGAAGAAACUAAAAUAGACGCCGAAAGCCUGUCCUCCGCGCCGCAGCUGGACCAAGCCCUCCGACAGUUUAACCAGUCAGUAAGCAAUGAACUGAAUAUUGGGGUAGGAACUUCCUUCUGUCUCUGUACUGAUGGACAACUUCAUGUCAGGCAAAUCCUGCAUCCCGAGGCUUCCAAGAAGAACGUAUUACUACCUGAAUGCUUCUAUUCCUUCUUUGAUCUUCGAAAAGAAUUCAAGAAAUGUUGCCCUGGCUCACCUGAUAUUGAGAAACUGGACAUUGCAGCAAUGACAGAGUGUUUAAACUUUGAGAAGAAUAGUUCAGUCUCCCGAUAUGGAGCCUCUCAAGUUGAAGAUAUGGGAAAUAUAAUUUUAGCAAUGAUUUCAGAGCCUUAUAAUCACAGGUUUUCAGAUCCAGAGAGAGUAAACUACAAAUUUGAAAGUGGCACUUGCAGCAAGAUGGAACUUAUUGAUGAUAACACUGUAGUCAGGGCACGAGGUUUACCCUGGCAGUCUUCAGAUCAAGAUAUUGCAAGAUUCUUCAAAGGACUGAAUAUUGCCAAGGGAGGUGCAGCACUUUGUCUAAAUGCUCAGGGUCGAAGGAAUGGAGAAGCUCUGGUUAGGUUUGUGAGUGAGGAGCACAGAGACCUAGCACUGCAGAGGCACAAACAUCACAUGGGGACCCGGUACAUUGAGGUUUACAAAGCCACAGGUGAAGAUUUUCUUAAAAUUGCUGGUGGAACAUCCAAUGAGGUUGCGCAGUUUCUCUCCAAGGAAAAUCAAGUCAUUGUCCGGAUGAGAGGGCUCCCUUUCACAGCUACAGCUGAGGAAGUGGUGGCCUUCUUCGGUCAGCAUUGCCCCAUCACUGGAGGAAAGGAAGGCAUCCUUUUUGUCACCUACCCAGAUGGUAGGCCAACAGGCGAUGCUUUUGUGCUCUUUGCCUGUGAGGAAUAUGCGCAGAAUGCAUUGAGGAAGCACAAGGACUUGUUGGGUAAAAGAUACAUUGAGCUCUUCAGGAGCACCGCAGCUGAAGUUCAGCAGGUGCUGAAUCGAUUCUCCUCUGCCCCUCUCAUCCCACUUCCAACACCUCCCAUUAUUCCAGUACUACCUCAGCAAUUUGUGCACCCUACCAACAUUAGAGACUGUAUACGCCUUCGAGGUCUUCCCUAUGCGGCCACAAUAGAGGACAUCCUGGAGUUCCUGGGGGAGUUUUCUACAGAUAUACGUACCCAUGGGGUUCACAUGGUAUUGAAUCAUCAGGGCCGCCCAUCAGGAGAUGCCUUUAUCCAGAUGAAGUCUGCGGACAGAGCAUUUAUGGCUGCGCAAAAGUGUCAUAAAAAAACCAUGAAGGACAGAUAUGUUGAAGUCUUUCAGUGUUCAGCUGAGGAGAUGAACUUUGUGUUAAUGGGGGGCACUUUAAAUCGAAAUGGCUUAUCCCCACCGCCAUGCCUGUCUCCUCCCUCCUACACAUUCCCAGCUCCAGCAGCAGUGAUUCCUACAGAAGCUGCCAUUUAUCAACCCUCUGUACUUUUGAGUCCACGAGCGCUACAGCCCUCCACAGCCUACUACCCAGCAGGCACUCAGCUCUUCAUGAACUACACAGCGUACUAUCCCAGCCCUGUAGUCUUGGCUACUUCCCAACAGCUGCUAAUCUUAGCGGUGUUCCUCCGCAGCCUGGCACGGUGGUCAGAAUGCAGGGCCUGGCCUACAAUACUGGAGUUAAGGAAAUUCUUAACUUCUUCCAAGGUUACCAGUAUGCAACCGAGGAUGGACUUGUACACACAAAUGACCAGGCCAGGACUCUACCCAAAGAAUGGGUUUGUAUUUAAGGGCCCCAGCAGUUAUACCAUCCUCAGAAAAGAAGUGUUUGAAAGAUGUGUGAUGAACCUAAAACCAUCAGACACAAGAAAACUUCUAAUAAUUUUGGGGGAAGCUUGUCUACACUCAGGCUGCAGUAUUUCAGCAACUAUGAUUGGACAGUGGGCCUGGCUUAUUUUUGUGCCUUAUUUUUGAUGGAGUGAAAAAUUUGAGCCAGCAAAGCCAAAUCCUAAUAGCAGCAUGCCUGGCUUCUUGCUGAUUGCAGAUAGGCAUUUAAAUGUGAACUUGAGAUCAGAUGUCUCUGUUACUUCCAGCUAAUGUGGCAUCAUAGAUGGUUCCUAAGCUUAAGUCUUUGAUUAAAAAUAGUCCACUAGUGUCUCUGCCAUUAAAUGUUAUGUAAGUUUUAUUCUUAUGUAUUCCCAAUCUGCUUUCCAUUUCUGUACAAUCAUACCCUUUUGCUAAGUAAUUGAAGCAUAAGGUCUUGCAAUAUUUAAAUCACAAACUUAAGAAAAGGAAUAAAACUAGUAUUUUCCCAACCUCCUAACUAUCAUGAUGUCUUACAGGUUAAAACACACACAAACACACACAGACACAAACACACAAACCCCAGUUAAAUGAUUUCUGAAACACCCAAUUCAGCCUGGUGGUACAUAGAGCUCGGUAAGGAGCACUUGCAUAGCAUGUGUGAGGCCCUGGGCUUGAUCAGCAGCACCUCCUACACCCCUUCCUUCCUCUGUCUCCCCCACCUCCACAAAUACCUGAGGAUAAUUUAGAAGAAAAGCUAUAUCCUUUUGACCAUAUACAUAGUUAAAAACUUUGGAUCUUUUUCUCAGCAGGUACCAGUUGUAAAUAACAAUGAAAGUAGGGGCCAAAAUGCGAAACCAAAAAUGAAGCAGCUACAUGUAGAUUUUUAGGUUGAAUUGUAACCAAAUAUUGUGGCUUCAUAUGUAUUAUUUUAUAUUGUACUUUUUUUCAUUGUUGAUGGUUUGAACUUUAAUAAGAGAAAUCCCAUAGUUUUUAAUAUCACCAACAUAAGACCAUUUGAACAGUGUAUUCUAGAAAGCAAUAUACUAACUAAAGUAAAUGCUUGUAUAUAUUAAGAUAGCUUUCAUUAAGCCUUCUUCUGUAGUAACCUGUCAACUAAUUAAAACUUAAAAGAGUAGGACUGGUAGUCAGAAUGCUAGACUGAGGUAAACACUGAUGCAAUUAUAGUUCUGAUGCUGUCUGUGUUUAGCACUGUGUUUAGCCAUGUUUAUGCUACAAAAGUGCAAUAACUAGCUAGUUAGUAUUGCUGCCUCAUUUAACUCCAAAGAGGAAAAGGAUUUGAUUAAGUGCAUAUAUUUCUUUGUUAUUCACAUUGUCCUUUGCUUGAAUUCAAUGUCAUGCAGAUUUCUGUGGCUGCUAAUUUCCUUUAGUUUGCAUUAAUUUCAUUAACAUCUUAAAGGAGAGCCAAACGUUUCCUGACCAGCUAUGGCCCUUUAACUGCAGUAGUAAAAAAGAAAGGAAAAAAUUUUGGGGAAAAUUUGUGAGAACUUGCACUUAACAUCAAGAAUAAAGUUCUUUGUAUUUGUACUUGAUGCCUUAAGAUAGUCUCUUCUCGAAGUUCUGGAAGACUUAAGAUAGACAAUAAUAUUACAAUACUACUGAGUUUUUGUAGAAUUGUUACAUUUGAUAAUAAAAUUUGCCUGCUUAAGCUCAA